AUGUAUGACAUGUGUGGCGCCUCACAUCCAUCUGUGGUCCUUACGGAUCGCUGUCUUGCUUGCAUGAACGCUGUGGCUCAUUGCUUUCCCGGAUCCAUCUCCCUUCUAUGUCUCUGGCACGCAAAUAAGGCAGUACUGGCCUACUGCAGACCUGCGUUCGUGCGCCGCGAGGGUGACGAGCAAAGCAUUGAGAAAUGGACGGAAUUCUUCGGGUACUGGUUUGCAAUCGUCAAUUCCAUAGACGAAGAAGCAUACAACCGACGGCUUGACGAGCUUGAAAGACGCUAUGUGCCAGAGUACGUUGACGAGGUUAGCUACAUCAAGCAGACGUGGCUUGACUUGUACAAGGAGAAGCUCGUGAAGGCCUGGGUUGACCAGCAUGCUCAUUUUGGCAACAACGUCACUUCUCGGGUUGAAGGCAUCCACGCACUUGAAGGGGCAUCUCAAGAACUCACAACAAGACCUUUUCACCACAUGGAAUGGGAUCAAGCAGGCACUGCUGAACCAGCUCGCCGACCUUCCACCAUACGUGGAUGGGUCUCUCAUGAGGCGCUGCGCAAGGUCGACCAGCAAAGGAGACGACUUGAAAGUAAUAUCCCUGCUUGCACGGGCGCAUUCACUCGGACUCAGGGUCUCCCAUGCGCUCACACACUUCGUCCUUUGGUAGAGGACUGUCUCCUUCUUCAACUCCAUCACUUCCACUCCCAUUGGCUGCUUUAUCGCGGCAGCGAGAAGCCAGAACUCAUCACAGAACCUCGUCGGCAAUUUAACACGCUGACCGGCAGAUCAGCGUCAGCACAGUCGUCUACUCGGCGCGGGCCUAGUUUGUUUGAGGUAACGGAGAAGGCACGGCCAAAAGUAAAGACUGCCCCUACCUGCAGCAGAUGUCACACGAAAGGACAUACAAUGACGUCCCGAGUUUGCCCACUACGGCACUCAGAGCUCAUAGAGCAAGUAGCAGCGAGAGCUACAUUCGUAGAGACUGCGGAGACUGCACAUCCUACCGAGGCUACGCGAAUUGCGGUAAUUGAAGAGGCUGCCGAGAAUGAAAAUGCUGCGCAAACUGCACAUGAUGCACGACAUGCAUCGAAUACAGCAAUUGGAGAGGGUGUGCAAACGGAGGCUACGCGAAGCGCAACAAUCAUAGAGGCUGCGCCAACCGGGGAGGCCGCGUCGGUUGGAGGGGAUGCGGAGUAUGUCCAGUCGACAACAAGUACAGCGUUCGUCGACGCUCCAGCGACCACAGAGUCUCUGCCAUCUGCAGAAAAGGCUGUCCCGGCCGUUGAGCAUCUACGGUACGACGAUCCACGUGUGAUAUAUGAGAGGUAUGUGAAGGCACGGGAGGCCUGGUACAAGGCGCAGCCUCGCGGCAGCAUCAAGACCAACCAAGCAAACCGCAAGCCAAUGGGUCUUCCGCAAAGAUACGACAAACAGAGUUUUAAAUGGUGCUUGGACUACAAGCAGAUGUCUGCACGCUGUCUAACCUCGACUGGGCUAAGAAGCUGGACAAAAGAGGAGCAGAUGGCAUAUUUAGACUGGAGUCGGGCAGAAGACGAACGCGUGGAAGCGCAAGUUGCGAGGGAAAUGGGGGACAAUCCUCUCGCGAACACGAGAAGGGGUAUGAAAGAGAUAUGGCGACGGGUCGAGGAAGAUUGCCGAGAGCAAGAGGCUUUGCAUGCGGUAGCCGGUAGUGCAGACGAGUGUAUCUUUGUCAAAACCUAG